GGAUCACCAAGACCUUUUGUUUGGAAAUAACUCCUCUACUAGCAACGGUGAUUUCGGCCAUCAUCAAGGCGGAUCGUUUGGAACCAACGCUGCAACGGGAGGUGGUGGAGGUCUUCAAGAUCCACACAACUCUGCGAGUAAAGCAAGCGACCUGGACGUCGAGGGGUGGCUGGACUGUGUGUGUCGCAACUCUGCCGUUCCCGGCCCUUUGGGCGAGUGGUUCGCGGAAACGGUGAUCUUGCAAAAGGGGUUGUCCGUGCUGAUCAACGGGUUGUUGGAAUUGCACAAAAACGACGACUUGCGGAAAAUCGAAGCGUUGUCGGGCCCGAUUUUGGCUUCCCUCGCAGUGUUACUUCCCUUCGACCAGGCAAUUUCCUACGUAGUAUCAAAUGUAAAAGUGUCUGGGUCUGGAAGAGUGCAACUUGUCAUGCUAAUUCUGGAUGGUGCAAAAAUCUGUGUUGCAUGAUUGCCAAAAGCUGUCCACUUUUGACCAAGUUGAGAGGGCUCAUGCAGACGAUGCAUGAUAGAGGUCGGGGAGAAUCUGUCAUGCUGGGUCAUGUAUGACAGACCUCACGCGUCAUGGAAAACCUGCAUGACAAGUCUUCCAACCUUCCAGACCCAGACAUAUUUCCAUUUGAUACGUGGCGGACGAGUACAUUCUCGACGCGGAUUAUCGCAAGAAAAAACUGUUUCACUGUGAACUUGUGAUGCAGAAAAUGGAUCGCAGAAGUGUGUGUCAUGCCACACAUGCAAGACAAUCGAUUUAUAGCUGUGUUUUCCCUUAGGAACCCCGCAUGACAGAUUUUCAGUGUUACGCGUAACAAACUUGUGAUGCAGAUUUUGCAAAAUCACCUUCUCCUUCACCACAGUGAAAUAGUUUUUUCGUGCGAUACGGAUUUCUUUGAGUCCCUGCUCGCGACCAUGUUUGGGCGCGUUCGGAAAUCGAUGUUCCGGUGGGAGUCCUUCUGUGCGAAGAUGAAAAAAGCCGAGCAGAACUGCAACGACGUAGACAUGGCAAUGGCGUCGUCGCCCUUCGAAUGCAACUUCAACAUG